AACGGCUUGGGUGGAGUGGCGCUGCGAGCGGCGGCGGCGACGCGAACUAGCCGAGCUCUAACGACAAGAAUUAUUUAUUGAAGGGCGCAGCAAAAUGGCCGACGAAGAGUACAACAGGAAGCUGGAGAGCCUCCAGCAGUAUAUCCCGUUCCUGAAUAACAUGAUCGCGCAGCUGAAGGACCCCAGGAAGAAGAACAGGGAGCAGCAGCUGGCGAAGAUGGUGUCCUUGCAUUCGAUGAUCACGGACAAAAAGAAAAAGCUAAAACUCGAAACCCUCUCAAAAUGCGAAGACGUCAUCCUCAAACUCUACGAAAAAGUGAAAUCGGGCUCGCACUCGCAGGGGUCAAAACCGGCGUUCGCGCCUCCCGCGUGCCCCAUGUCGCCCAUCACCCCCUCGAGCCCCAGCCCUCCGCGCGACAUCCCCAAAACCAAGCCCGUCGUCAUCCCCACGGAGAAGAUUUCGGACCGAACGGAACGCGACACCCAGCUGUGUCAACCUAGUAGCAGCUUCAUGCAUAGAAUAGACAUAUAUAGUAGUGCUGCUGAUAGUUUAAAGUCUUCGCCGUUCAAACCUAGCGUUUUCGAACGCCUGGGUAAGAAGACACCGGAUAUGUCGAAACCGCCGAUUAGUAUAGAGGAUUUAGAAGCUCUGCAGCAAGAUGUCCUCACGGAACGUCUCUCAUUGAACGAGUUGACGGACUUGAGGGAGAAAUUGCAAAAGCAGUUGAGUACGUCGGACGAAGGGGAGCAGGCCCGGAAAUCCCCGAUUAACACGACCGUCAGAAAUACCACGAUUUUGACUAAGAAAGCCGUGGAGAAAGCGGCCUCUGAUAGUAAGAGUAAACAACCUGAAGAUAAACCAGUUGUUAAACCUCCAGUUCCUAAUAAACCAGUGAAAGUGAUUAAAGAAGCGUCUAGUAUUUUCGGUACUGCCCUGUCGAGUAUCGAUAAUAAAAUCAUAGAGGGUGCUGGUAAAGGUAAAGAGAAGGAACGGAGGAACUCGAUCGGGUCGAAGAAGGAGGCGGAAGGUGUCGAAAAGAGUAAAGAAAGACGAAGUUCCAAGGAAGAUAAGAAAGGGGAGUCGUCUAGCCAUAAAAGUUCCAAAGAUAAAGAUAAGGAAAGAGAUAAGGAUAAGACUGAGAAGAAGAGUUCGGAGCAUAGGAGUCGCGAUAAGAAAGAGGAGGACAAGAAAGAUAAAACCAGGGAGCGGAAAGACGAAAAACGUGAUAAAGAUCGAAAACCUAAGGAAGAUGCGAAAAGACACGAAUCCGCGAAGAAGGAGCACGUUGACGAUAAAAAGAAGGAGGAGGUGCGGACUAAAGACGAAAAAGACAAGACUAAAGAGGAGGACGAUAGGAAAAAAGAUGAGGAAAAGAAGAAGGAGGAGACGAUUGAUAAACCGAAACCCGAGGAGUCAAAGCCCGCCCAACCCGUUUAUAAGAGACUGGCGGACAAAUACAACCCUAAACCUCGAAAACCGUCUUCAGAAGCGUCGUCACUACCCGACGUACCCAAAAAGGUUUCCGAAAGUAUCGAAAACAACAUGAAGACUAACCCUAUCCCGUUUCUGGAGGUCAACAGAUCUCCCCCUAAGUUACCAGCGUUGACUCUACCUCUACUAUCCCCCACCAGUUCGACUGGUACCGUUGAUAACGAAGUCGCUACGUUUACCCGAAAACUUAUACCGACUCCACAACCCGUGCCAAACCCUCAAAUCGCCACCAUUCCAAGCCACGUGACUAACAUUCUAGCCAAUCCGAACAACACGGCUUUGAUUAAUUCGGUCGUCAACCAAUUCAAAGCGCGACCCACGGCUUUAAUCCCGCCUAGUCCGAACGCGUUCCCGCCUCAGCCGGUCCCCUCGCCCAAUCAGAACUUCUCGAAUAAUAACUACGCCCCUAACGAAAUGGGCAACGUACAUUUUAAUCCCCCGAAUCAACAGAGUACGUUUUGGCAGGCACCGAACGCCCCUAAUCGAAUGCAACCCCCGCCUCAGAACCACCCCCCGCACUUGAUGAAGCACCCGCUCCCGGUACCUCAUCCUCACCCCCAGAACUUCCCGCAGCGUUCCUUCACCCCCAUCCCCAAUCAGUUCGACAACCAGAUACAACCCAUGGAUUACUACCCUCCGGGUAGUACCCCCACCCACAACCCCUUCAACCAUCAAGCGCCGCCCAUGUUGUCGCCGCAGUACGACAACUUCGAGCCGCGCCCGCCUCGCAAACCCAGCGACGAACCUUUCAAAAAAGAUCGAGAUUCGCGCUAUCGAGACGACUGGAGGCGGAUGGGGUCGCAGAGACCGCGUGACUAUCGCGAGCCCAAUCGCGAUCCGCGGCUGCACCGAGAGCGAGAGAGGGACAGAGAGAGAGAUAGGAAUUAUCGUGACGAUCAGAGACCGACGGUACGAAGAGAGGCGAGGGAGUACGAUCGUGACAAUAGGAAUAAGUUUAGAGACCCGAGGUUGAAUCGGUUUAGGUACGAACGCGACCCGGAGGCCAGUCGGGCGAAAUCGCCGAGCAGAGGACGGUCGCCGGCGAGGACACGAUCCCCGACGAAGUCGCCGGUCCGACAGAGAGCGAGGUCGGUGUCGAAGGAAGGCGAAGACACGUUCGUGUCACCUUUGGAUAGCUUAUAUUCCGGAAGCGACAGAGAUAGAAGAACGGGGAAGGGAUACGGCGUGCAGAACUUCAAAAUACCGAAGAUCAAGAAGGAGGAGGAUGCGGAGGAGGCGGAGCCUGACGCGAAGAAGGAGGAGGAAGUGAAAGCGUCAGUCGAGGAGAAGGAGGAGCCAAAGGAGGAACCCGCGCCCGUCGACGAUAAAAAAGAGCCGGUAGUCGAGGUUAAAGAGCCCGAAACGGAAGUUAAGGCCACCACGAGCACGGAAGUGGCUAAAGAGACACCCGAAAGCGACGAAAACGUGGCUUCGGCUAACGUGUCGUCGUCGACCGAGUGCGACAACAAAGAAACGACUGACGGUCAGUCGGAGGUGGCUAAAGACACAGCGGACGUUGGUGAAAUCUCGUCCACCAACGACAUCCCCGAGAACCAACAGGAAGUUAAACCCCUAGACGACGAAAGUCAAACUGACAUCAUCAACAAAUUCUUGAAGAAACUUCUCGAGAAUGAGCGGACUAGGGCGGCUGCCUCUCUUUUCAUCGACAACGUCUCCAAUUCGCUUGACGACGAGAAGUUGAAGAUCGUGGUGCAGACGGUGAAGUCAGCCGCGGUUGAAGAAGAACCCGAGAAACGCCCCGUCGUCAAGAAAAAGAAGAAAUUGGUGAAGAAAAGUAAGCUUAGUGCGAAGUUGGCGGCGAAGCGGAAGCAAGCGGUCCAGCGCAAACUGAGACUUCGGAAGCAGAGGAAACCCGUGCGGGUGAUCGACGACGACGACGACGACGACGAAGAAGAAGAAGAAACGAAAAAAGACAAGGAAAAAGAGGAAAAGAAAGACGAAGAAGUGGAAGAGGAAGAAGAAGAAGAAAAACCCGAAGAGGUAGUCGUUUCGGUCGGCGAAAGAAUCAAGAGUCGCAAACGCUUAGCCGCCAGUCCUCCCAAAAAGCGAAAAGUCAAGCACAAAACCGAGCUGGAUUUGCUCCACGAAGACAUCCAAGACAUGUUCAUUCGAGACGGGGUGUUGACAGCAACCGGAAAACGAAUGUGCAGGUUGCUGAAGAACGACGAAACUAAACCACCACCGCCGGAACCCAGACGAAGAACGCGAAACACGGCGGAAAAAUUCGACUCCAAAGCCAACUCGGAGAAGUUGAAAGCGAUGAGUAACGUCCGAGUUCUCAUACCCAAAAUCCCCGCCGACAAGCUGAGCGAAAUCGAGGACGAAAGUCAACGCUAUUCGUUGCGACGCUCCAGCAAAUCCAACAAGAGUUACGCGGAAGUGGACAGCGAAGACGAGAAGGAGAAGGAGCGCGAGAAGGAAAAGCAACGACAGAAGGAGCGGGAGGAAGAGCUCGAAAAGGAGAAGCAGCGGGAGAAAGAGCGCGAGAAGCAGAAGCAGCGCGACAAAGAAAAAGCCAAAGAGAAAGAGAAGGAGAAAGCCAAAACGAAAGAAAAGAAGAAGAAGAUCGAGAGCGACGACGAACCCGAGGAGAAAGUCCAAGACGAGAAGGACAAGCCCGCAACUCCGAAGAAAGUCAAGAAGAGAGCGAAAGCGUGGGCUAGCGGGGUUUUACCCAAACGGAAGAAGAAGAUCGUCGAGGACAAAGAAGACGAUUCGGAUAAGUCCUUCGAGUUGGUUGAGCCGGAUAAAAACUAUUUUUCGUCGAAGUUGUGGCAUUCGAAGACUCCUUGUAAGCUUUGCGACUACGACGGGAUGAAUAUUACGAAGCACUACCGCUCCCAGCACCCCGAAUCGGAGGUCUUGUCGUCUAGAUUGAGUCCGCAGAAGGCUGAAGAUGCGAUUAAACAGUCGCUCGAGUUGGGUUUAGACGAAAAGGAAGACGAGAUGCUUCUGUCGACGAAGAGAUUUUCGUUCGUUUGUCGCUUCUGUGAUUUAGAAAUGAACUGUCAACCGUCGAAUUUUUAUGACCAUAUUUCGACCCACACGGGAGAAUAUAGACACAUUUGUACGUUGUGUGAUUUCACCGCGUCUAAUAAUAAACCGUUACGGAUUCACUAUAGUAACGUUCAUGGUAAAGACGCGUAUAAUCGAGCCGCCCGGACUCGGACUCGGGUCUACGGGUACAUCUGCGUCGAGUGUAAUUUCGUACAAACGAACAAAAAGACCGUGGACACGCACGUCAACGUGUACCACCUAGGCGAAGGUAAACAAGUCCUGAAGAUACAUUUGUCCACCGGAAGCGACAAACGAAUCGGGAAGGAAGACAAGACUGAAGAGAAAAGUGAAGCGCAAGCGUUCGAGGAAGAGGUAGACGAAGAGCAAGAAGAGGAAGAAGAAGAGGAACCCAAACCCAAACGCAAAAAAACCGAAGAGCAACUACCCCCAUCUCCGAAACGUAUCAAGAAAGAGAGGGAGAUUGAUAUGACCGUGUUCACUUGUAAUACCGACAUUCAAGAAGAGAACGAGCAGAUCGAGCAAGAGCGCUUGCGCAAAAUGGCCGAGUUGAACGAGAGCGUGAAGAAGACGAAUCGCCAGAGUUUGAAUUUCGUCGACCAAUUGAGUAACCGCUUGUUGCAAGAGGAGAAGGAGGCUCCGCCUCCCGAGAUGGUCACGGUUAAGAGCGAACCAAUCGAUGACGAGUUCCUUCCGGAGCUCGAAGCGGAGUGUGUACCUGAGCCCGACGUUGACCCGGAACCCGUAACCCCGAAGAAACCCGUCAAGGUGAUGGAACCUCCCGUGUCGCCGAUUCAAGUGGUCCAGAAGGACAAUUCGCUCAUUCAGGGGAUGAUCCAGAAGUUGCAGGGGAAACUUAAGGAGGAGAAAAGUGUGGAUGGGCCGCCACCGCUGGCCCCUCUUGUGGAACGAGUCGAGGACGUGAAAGCUUUCCUGAGUGCUGGGUUCUUAAACAUAAGUAAGACUACCAACGGGUUGGAGUAUGCCUGUCGGGUACCGUCGUGUUUGUUCACCACGACGAACCGCGAUGGGUUCGUGACGCACUGGACUGAAGACCACACCCGAAUCAACCAGAGUUACAAAGCCACCAAGUGUCGGAUUUGUUCGCAGGAAGUGACAGCAACCGCGGGUGCGACGCUACUGAUCAACUUUUUCGCCCACGUCGAGAACGACCAUCUAUGUAAAAUCAAGACUUCGUUCAAUUCCGGGUUCAUCAGCGUCGACAAAGACCAAGACGGUUUUGACUACAUCUGUAGAGUCCACUUGUGUGGUUUCAUGACGAAAGUUCGCGAGGUGUUCGUCGAACACUUGAACGAACACGCAGACCUGGAUCCGUACAAGUCCACGGUCUGUGGGAUAUGUUUAGCCCCGGUGGGGUCUACCUCCACAGCUACCUUGUUAACCAAUUUGUUCGCGCACAUCGAGAACGAACAUCUCGAGGACGAGAAAAUUCCUUCUUCUCGUAGCGUGUUGCGCACGCGGCGACUAAGCGGCGACAAGCUAUCCAAAGCCAAGGAAGAAUCGCCCGAGGCGAAAGACGAGGAGGAAAAUCCUUUCCCGUUUAAAAUCUCGGGGGUUAUGUCGCUCGCGGACGAAACCGUGCCUCCGUUGUCGCCUCUUCGCGAGAAACCUCACAAAAUCGAGAGCGUCAUUCUAAAAGAAGCCAAGAUGACGGCUGCGGAGAAAACCGCGACUUGGAAGUCCACCGAAGCCAUGAAUAAAUUUUUGCAGUGUCCGCGCGAGUUGUACAAGUGUCCGCAGUUCUUCUGCAAGUACGCCACUGUGCUGCGGCACUUGUUCGAAGGUCAUAUUAAAGCGCAUGCGCGCGUCAGCGACGAGCUGGUUUCUUGCGUCUACUGCGACGUAAAAACGCCUUUAAGCCACGCGGGGCUUCACAUCGACUUACGCCACUCCAACUGCUUGUAUUCGUGCUCGCAUUGCUUGUACCGGGCGCUGAGCAAGGAGUACGUGAUGAUCCACAACAAGCUCAAGCAUAAGGAGACGGAUUUGAUUAUUUCGUUGCCGCCGAAGACGGCCAAGACGAUCAUGAUGAGCAAGCAGAAGCAGUUUACGGUGAAGGAGGCGUGUCCGCCGUAUAAGUGCGGGAGUCAAGGGUGUACGGCUGAGUUCUUGUACGUGAGCGACUUCUGCGCGCACUUGCAAGAGAACCAUGAUGGGGUGAUGGUUUGUGGGUUCUUGAACAACCAGCAGCGGUGUAACUUCCAGUGUUUGGUGGCGGAGAAUAUGGUGGAUCAUUGGAGGGUGCACAAUUGCUUCAAUUUACACUGUCUGGUGUGUAAGUUUGGGGCGAUGGAGAAGUAUAGUAUGUUGGAGCAUUAUUCGGUGACGCAUUCGAAUAUGGAGCCGCUGGUGGUGGAUAGGAGUACUUCGGCCACGAUCGAAAUCUCGAACACGGACGAAACCCCCGAACCCGCCUCUAAACUAACCCGAAAACGCCAAUUAGCCAACGCCCGCAUGAAAAAACACCGCCAAAAAAAGCGCGAAGAAGCCCACCAGAAAUCGGUCCCGCCAGACGAACAAACCGAAGAACAAAUUCGCCAGAAUAAAUUACAACGAAGACGCGAAUUAGCCAGGGAGUACUCCCAACGCUACCGCGAUAACAAACGCCUACUAAAAUUAGUCCGGGACUCGGUAACCCCCACUCCACCCAGCAACCAGGAAACCGUGGUCGACGAUCCACCCACACCCACGACCGUGGUAGACGACGACGACGACUCGAACGACUCUGUACAGGGCGGCAACCAAGGCUACUCUGACGUCGCCUGCUCGAAAAUCCGGUACCUCAACGACGAGCUCCUCGAAAGCGUUAAUGUGCAGCAGUUCACGAUCCUCCAGGCCGACAAACCCCAGUUUGUUCUGACCACGGAAAAACAGAGGGAGUCGCCAAAGCCCGUCGAACCCCCUAAGAACGUCACGCUCGUUCCGCUGUCCAUCCUCCAACCCAACUCCACCGAAAGCAAGAAGAUCAUCGCCAUCAUCCCCAACACCCCCACGUCCAAACCCGUGCAGCUGUUCACCGCUUUGAACAAAGAAACCUCGGCUGCACCGUUUGUUUUCGCGUCGACGUCCGCCGCCCCCGAAGCCGUUACUAAGGAGAAGGAGCCCGCCAAGGAAGACCCGGUGACGGUGUCGGUGGAGGAAAGCGAUAAUAGCGUGGACAAUAGUGGCGACAACAUCGUCGAUCCGUUGAGUCUCGAGGGUGAGAUAGCCAGUGUUGUGUUAGCCUCGGGCGACGAAAGCGACUCCCAGGAGCUCAACGAAGCCGGGGAUAUGUUGAAGAGCUUCGGGUUGAUCGGGUACCAGUUGUACCGGUGUGCGUUCUGCGAUAUUUCCUUUUCGAAUACUAAGGACUUCAAAGCGCAUACUAUGCAUUCGACGCAGUGCAGGGAUGCGAAUAACACGGCUAAACCCUACAAGUGCGUGCACUGCGAGAGGUUGUUUAAGAACCCGCACGGACUCCUGGAGCACAUACAAUACCACGGGCAGCUGCGGUUCGGGUGUUCGUUGUGCGUGAAGAAGUUCCCGUCGCCGUUUGCGUUACGGGUUCACAUGCGGGGUAAACACAGCGUGUCCAACACCAUCACCACCCCGGUGGUCCCGACCAAGACCAACAUGGACCGGGACGAGUUCAUCCUGCGUCCGGUGUCCACUAUGGACUCGGACAUGGGAAAAGAGGGACCCAGCAUACCCAUCCUGGGUGGACUCAAAUCCAUCUACAGCCCCGACGAAAUCGACAAGCUCCCGAAACGCUACAUCUUCAACUCCGACGUAAAGUGUGCUUUAUGUUCGUACAGUACCAAGGUACGCACGAACCUGGUGAGGCACCUCCAGUUCCACUCGGCGGAGAAGAGCGUCCCCGACAUCGCCCCAGUCAACCCAGUCCCAUGUCUAGACAAAAACGAACGCAUGUUCGACAAGAUGACCAACCUCGCGCUCAGCUCAAUCGCCGGGGCUACUUCCCGAAUGGGCGGAGUCAAAACCGAGCCGAAAGCUAUCAAGGAGGAGCAAAACCACGUCCCCGCCUACGUGCCCUUGAACCGGCGCUACGUGUGUUGCGCAGACGGCUGCAACUACCUCUGUCUCGAAGAGGCCAACCUCCGGCACCACUUGCACGCCCUCCACGUGCAAGAGCCGUCGUUCACGUGCGCCCACUGCAAACUGACCCUGAAGACGGACGUCGAAGUGUUUCUGAAACACCUCAAACUGCACGAUUUGCAUUUGUACAAGUGUUCGGGGUGCUCGUUCGUGCAUAAUCUGCGGCACAAGGUGGACAAGCACGCGGCGGAUAAGCACGAGAAGGGGGCCAAUACGAUCACGAUUCGGGCGCUGGAGGCGGAGAUUGUGGACGUGGAGCAAUCGGUGAUGAGUGUGGGCGUGGCUAGCGCGGUGGAUCCGCCUCCCGCGUCGAAUAUCAAGUGGACGAAGCCGUGGCAUUGCGGGAUGUGUAAAUAUCGGUGUGCGGCGAAGAGUGACAUUCUGGCGCAUAUUUUCAACAAGCACGAUAUAAAUGCACAGUUUAAGUGCACGUUGUGUUCGUAUAAGUCGGACGAUAAGAGUACUUUCGAGGGGCAUUUCAAGGAUGGUCACCCGAAUAGCGAGACUGAUAUUAUUUAUGUGUAUUAUAAGAGCGAGGGGACGGCGCAGGGGGGCGCUAGUCAGAAACAGUUUGAUACCACCCCGUUGUGGCAACGCGACAGGCCAAGGGUGCGACACAUCAGGGGGAUUUUAUUCGAGGAAACGUCGCCGCAAAAAGGGAAAAAAGGGCCCGUGGGGAGACCCAGCACGGUCGCGGUGGCAACGAGUAGUCCGACGACUCCGGUCACACCUACCACAACGAGUGUUAGUAAUAGUAGUAGUAGCGCAGAUGCGACACCCACCGGAAGUUCCAAUCUAGACCUUGCGAUAGACGCAGUCGCUAAAGGUAUAGACGAGUGCAGCAAAAACCUCCACGUCGGUAAAGAAGAAACCAAAGAAGCUCCCAAAAUCGACGAAACGGUGAUCGUCAUCGACGACGACGACGACGACGAAGACGAAACGCCAAGGCUGGACGAUAGCGCCGACAACGAGCUACUGAUCGACAUAGACAGCGGGGAAACCCCCGAAGUGAAAACCGAAGUCGAGAGGGAGUUUCUCAGCGAAGAUAUUUUGUUCAACAUGUACGGGAAGUUGUGCGCUCCGGUUGCCAAAGCGUUCAAGUGCCCGAUUUGUUUGAAGUACCGAAACAGGAAAGUGGGGCCGUUUGUUUACCACAUGUUGACGGAGCUGAAGUGCUAUAGGUUUAAGUGUAAUUCGUGCGAUUUUGCGUCGGUGACUUUCGACACUAUCGCUACGCAUUGUCAAGAGAAACACGAUAGUGUGAUUGCGAGCAACGUCAAGGAUAUACCGUUGGAUAAGACCGUGGAGUAUUGGCUGCAGAUACUUAUUAAGUAUCAAGCGAAGGCGAUUGUUCAGCAGAUUUUUAUUCCGACGGGAGAAGCGAGUUUGUCGUCUGUCGCUAAAUUGCGAUGUGAUUACUGCGACAAGUGGUUCAAAAACUUGCACCUUUUGAAAGACCACGAGCUCUACCACUGGGCCGACCACGUGUACACCUGCAACCACUGCCACUCCGAGCACGUCACCCUCAACGAGCUCUUCCAGCACACCUUCAUGUCGCACCCCACCUACGACGUGGACUUCUCCACCAGCGGCCCCUACGUGUCCAAGGUCCUCUUCUUGUUGAAGACCCCGCAGACGACGACGGCGCCGCCGCCGCAGCCCGGCGCCUCCACCGAGGAGGUCCAGUACGCGUGCACCCAGUGCUCGGAGGUGGAGCGCAGCGUCGAGGCGCUCCGCAAGCACGCCAGCGAGUGCCACGAGGGCGAGGAGGCGUCGUACAAGGUCGUGGUCAAGGCCAAGGUCCAAACCAUGUUCUGCUGCUCCCACUGCCACGAGCGCGGCCCCGAGAAGGUCCUGCGCGAGCACCACCGCGAGAAGCACGACGCCCUCAAGUUCACCAUCUACCAGUACAUCUGCCUGGAGUGCUCGGGGACCUUCCUCAACAUCAAGGACCUGCGGGCGCACUUCGGGAAGGCGCACAGCGGCAAGAAGCUGACCUACAGCUGCAUCGAGAACAAGCCGGGCGGCGCCAAGGAGCAGUUCUGCUGCACCAAGUGCCCGUUCAGGAGCUGCAGCGUCAGCGGCAUCCGCGGCCACCUGCGCAAGCACCUGCGGCCCAUCGACUGCCUGCUGUGCGGGGCGACGUUCAUCUUCCCGACGGAGGCGCGCGCGCACCACAACAAGGAGCACGUGCACAGCGCGGAGCGCGUGGAGGAGAACAAGGACAAGCUGAAGGAGUACGAGGACCUGGUGCAGCAGAUCGUGGCGGCGAAGGAGCGCGGGGACACGUCGGCGGCGUUCGCGCCGCCGCCGAGGAAGAUGCUGGCGAGGAAGUCGACGGGGGCGCCGUUCGUGAGGGAGUACUCGUUUUACGGGAGUAAAAAGGAGGACGCGGACUUGAAGGGCGUGUCGACGAGUAUUGAGGUUAAUAAAGUUACGAAGAAGAUGAGCGCGGAGCAGUUUAGUAAUCUUUUCAAUAUUUUUCCAGUAGUCGAAGUGAACGAUUGUGAGAGUAAGGAGGAGGAGGCCUGACACAAGGUGACCUUGUCUCCGAUUGAGUUUAGUGACGGUGACGAAGACUUUUCCAUGGAGGACGUGUUUGAUGAAAUCAUCGACCAGAUUCCGGAUAAUGUGAUCUUGCAGUUGAUGGAGGAGAGUUGACUACCGAUGUAGGGUUAAGCGUAGCGAUUAGGGCGUGUACAUAUAGGUUAGGAGAGGUUAGAUAUUUUAUAAGGAGGAUUUUUUAUUUGAUAUUUAACGAUUAAAAAGCUUUGCGAUUACA